AUGUCGCACAAUAUCCUUAUCACCGGCGCUUCCGGGUACUUGGGUGGAACCAUCCUUGCCCGUUGGGCAAGGGCCAAGCUUCCUCCCUAUCAAACGCUCUACGCUCUCGUUCGCACAGAAGAGCAAGGUGAAGCCGUCAAAAAAUACGGCGCCAAGCCAAUCUUCUUCGAUGUCAAGGAUGAAGCCAGCAUCAGAACUGCAAUCGUCGAGAACGAAAUCACCGUGGUCUACUAUCUCAUCGAUGCCAUGACAUCAGUAUCGCAAAUCCCCAUGAUCAAGGCGCUUGCGGAAGUGAAAGAGAAAACCGGAAAGGAUGUUCACUUCUUACACACGUCUGGUGCCAAAAUAUUUAGCAACCAUGCCGGUCUUCCGACAGAUCGACCUAUUCCAGACAAUGACCCUAAGCUCUACGGUCUGCAGAAGAGUUCUAUUGCAAAAUAUGCCCCAGUGCAAAUGGCUUUAUCCACAAACAACAAUGUGAUAGACACAGCGGAUGCGCAUGGGGUGAAAAGUUACAUCUUCGUACCAUGUGUUGUGUAUGGUGAAGGCGAAGGAUUUGGAAACUCGAUAUCUAUUCAAACUGUCGCCAUUGUGAAAGCUGCCAAAGCUCUUGGGCGAGUUUACCGACCCGAUAGCGAAGAGUUUACCUGGCCCGUCAGCCAUGUAGCAGAUACUGCCAACCUCUAUUUAGAAAUCUUGAGAGGCAUCUUGAGUGGAAAGGACAUUGGAUACGGCAAAAAUGGCUAUUAUUUGGGCGCGAGCGGAAAUAUGGCAUGGAAUGAUAUUUAUCGUGCAAUGGCGACGGCUCUGGCGCAGCACAAGGUGAUCAAGACAGAUAAGGUGGAUCUGGUGGAUGAUGCAGCUCAAGGUGAAAUGGGGAAGGCGCUUGGGUGUCCAAAGGAGAUGGUACCACUCUUUCUUGGUGGGAAAUGCACACUCGAAGCUCGGCAUGGGCGCAAGAUUGGCUGGAAUCCGCAAUAUCCACCAGAGCAUAUCCUCGACGUGGCUGAAGCAGAGGUCGAUUUAAUCCUUAAGAAUAUCUAG